CACGUCAGGUCGAGAAGUUACGGUUGUGGAAAGCUUAUUUCAGCGAAAUUAAAGAAGCUGCUGGUCCCAUUACUUAUAAUUAACUUGGAAUUAAAAAAUAUAGUUUAAGGAUAUCGAAUGGAGCCUUCCAGCUCGUUUGAGGCCAAUGCAGCUAGUAAUCAUAACCGUGCCGAGCGUACAGAUCAGGCCAUCACUGCCAUGGAUGCUAUUCUCUAUAAAGCCGCGGCGGAAGGCAACAUUGAGUACUUCGAAAAUAUAUAUUCACGAUCCACUUGAUCGGUUUCUAACAGUUAAUAAAAAUACAAUCCUGCAUAUUUUCAUUUCAAGUAUCCAUGUUGGAAGAAAAGAGAACAGUUUACUUUUCAAAAUACGAUCCUCCAUAUUUGGAUUGCAAGACUCAGAUGAGAAAAGAACCGACCCAGCCUCAGCGGCAGAAUUUGUGAGAUAUGUACUUGAAAAGUGUCCGUCACUUUCAUUGAAAGCCAAUGAGGAAGAGGAAACUGCAUUACACAUCGCGGCAAGGUAUGGGCAUGUUUCCAUCGUGGAAGUCCUGAUUAACCAAGAAAAAUCCCAGAAUCAAGACGACGAUCUCGAAAGUGGUGUAGUAGUUGGAGAUGCUAAGGAGAUGCCAAUUGGGAGGGUGAACAAAAAAAAUGAUACGGCUUUACAUGAGGCUGUACGUAGUAAUCACAUCGAAGUGGUAAAACUGUUAAUAAAGAAAGAUCCAGAUUUUUCGUAUGGUGCUAAUGCUGCUGGCGAGACCCCACUUUACUUGGCUACCGAGAGAAACUUUUCAGAUUUGGCGUCCGAAAUUUUAGAGACAUUGAAGUCACCAGCUUAUGAUGGCCCCCAUGGUAGAACGGUUUUGCAUGCCGCAGCUUUUUAUGAUAAUGAAGGUAUUUGCUUUUUUUCUUUUUUUUUUUUUAGCAUUAAUCUAGCGUACGUAACCAUGCACAAGGUUCAAUCAAUCUCCUUAGAAUAUGAUUUUGUUAAAAAUUUUAAGCAAUAUCAAAUUCAUAAAAUAAAGAUUGAGUUUUUGUUCUCUAUUAUCCUAGGCAUUAAUCUUCCUUCUUUUUCAUACGGAGCUCUAAGUAAACAAGCAGAUCACAAAAAGGGUUGGACUCCGCUUCAAGUGGCUGCAUACAUGAAUAACAUUAAGACAACACAACUAUUGCUGGAACAUGAUAGAGAGCUGGCAUAUAUCAAAGAUGUAGACGGUAGGUCAGCUCUUCACAUUGCAGCUCAACGCAACAGCAAAAGGGUAGGGGAAGAGAUUGUGUCAAUGUGUCCGGAUUGUUGCGAACUGGUUGACCAAACAAACCGCAAUGAACUCCAUGAUCUACCCGCACAGGGCCAUUUGAGGAAGAAGACAGUGGAAAUGAUCCUAAAAAAUCUGUCGUCUCUCUGGAGUCUUUUCAAUGAUCAGAAGGAUGCCGACGGGAAUACACCUCUCCACAUCCAUUGCAAGGCUUUUGGGUACGAUCAGGGGCGCAUGAAUUCUCCUGGAGUCGAUAAGAGAGUCUCCAACGAAAACAGCCAGCUUGAUACUAAUCAAAUUGCUUCAACUAGGGAAAAUUUGCCAACUCACGAGUUGGGCCAAAACACUUCUACACAAAAGAAGGAAGAGAAUCUCGUGGAGUUUGAUAAAGUGUAUCAAGCCCAUUUGGCAGUUGCUGCACUCAUCGCAACCGUGACCUUUGCAGCAGGAAUUAGCUUUCCUGGGGGUUUCGUUGGUGUAGGUGAUAAUCAACCACCGGGCUCUGCAGUUUUGUGGAAUACGAAGGGCUUGGCAGACUUCCUCUUUUAUGAUAUAAUAUCUUUCGUGCUAUCUACUGUCACUGUCAUAUUCUACCUAAUACCCUACUCGAAUUUAGUGGAUUACACCUGCUCUAAACUGCGCAAAAGGAUUCCUGAAGUGGCAUUUUUGUUUUCACCUGUGCUAUCUUUCUUGUUAUCUUUGUCACUUUAUGUUGCAACUGUAAGUAUGAUGGCAGCAUUUGUCACUGCCAUAACUGUUGCGGCACCGGAUUCAAAACUGCGCCUGCCAGCUGAAGGAGCCAUGCGCCGGAUGAAGUGGUUGUUAGCAUUUCUUACUUGA